GCGCCGCAGCGAAAGCGCGUAUAUUUUUGCACGAGAAACAAUUUUUCUGACAGUUCGUCCAUAAAAAAUUUUUCGUAGCGAGUAUUUUGUAAAAUAGUUAUGAAACAUGUUGAAUAUAGUAAAAGGAUCGAUCGAUGCUGCAAAUGACGAACGCACACAAAUCGCUAUAGGUAAAUUGCUUUUGCGAACAUAGGUAGCACAAGAUACAGGCGCGAGUAAACGCUAAGUUUUGUUUAACGCUAAAGCAGUCGAAGAACUCUUUACGCCUGUGGCGCGAGAGUGAGCGUCAGUCGCGGACGAGCUCUCGAUUGCGAAGCACGCGUCAACGUUCGUUAAAAAAAAACAAGUGUGUGCGUGUGUGUGUAGUGGGUUUUGAACAGAAAAAAAAUGAUAAGAUCUCAACGAUUCUGGAAUGCGAUUCCAACCAUGUGCUCUUAGCUAGUUUAAAUAGAUAAAAAAAACCUGCUCCUGAGUUCUUUAUAAUAAGAAUAAUUUAUAUUACCGAUAAAUAACAAUAAUUAUAGCCGUGAUAUUGCGUGAUGUGUCUUGUUAUUUCUCUGAUCUCCUUGCAAAACUCAGUUUACCUCCACGCGCUAAGACUCCGAGGAUAUCGUACGUUACGUGCAUCGUCGUGAAAAAUCGAAAGGGUUUUUUUGUUUAACGAGGUCGCGUAAUCGAUCUCCCUUUUCAUUACUCGAUCACUAUCGUAUAAAGCAUCUAUAAAAAUCUUUUCUCACGGUGUUUAUCGUGAACGGAGGCGUCGUUUUGCACAUUCGGGCGUAUAUUUACAAGCGGAAAUGUUUCCGUUCGACUGCUGUGCGACAAAAGAACCAAGAGCUCUUAUUUAUCAUGAAUUAUAUGUGUAAAACGUCUUUGUUGCCUUGAAACUCUUGUAAUUGUGUGUUUUUGUUGUUUUCAUAUACAAUAUCUUCGGCUCGGCGUGGCAAUAAAUAAUCACUGUUUUGCGCCAUGACGCGCGAUAGGACUUUGUGAUUUUAUCCUUUUCGUGUCGGUUGGCCCCAAAUUUUUGUUUCAUUCGUCCCUCUCCGACACUGCAGUGCUGCCGUGUGCGUAUGAAAUUAAGUGCGAAAAGAAAAAAAACCAUGUUCUCGUUAUGGUUUUUGUUGACGAUCGUGAAUCUCGUUACCGCCCAAAUAAUCGAAUCCGCCACGGAUUUACCAUCGAUCUAUUAUACCGAACCACCCAGAAAUGACGGUUACGAUGCUAAAGAUUUUACCGAAUUGCCCGGCGGUAGCAUCACCGGGGGUCAAAAAAUUCUCGAUAGAAGCAAGAGUCCCUACAUCGUGCGGGAGGAUUUGUUCGUCGAGAGUGGUGGCGAGCUCGUUUUAGAGCCUGGCGUCGAGAUCCGGUUUGCUCCCAUGAUCGGACUCACCGUGAGAGGAAUAAUAACUGCCAAGGGCGAGGCGGAAGCGCCGAUCGUGCUGACGAGUGCGGAGACGCCGUCCGGUCAACCGGAGCCGCGUUCCAUUCGUCUCGUCGACGGUUCCAGUCCUCUGGAGGGUCGUAUUCAGCUCCUGCAUCAGGGCGAAUGGCGUUCAGUCUGCACAAACUCUCGAAAUUGGACGAUAGCAGAUUUCGAGACAGCCUGUCGAGAACUGGGUUUCCAGGGUGGUAGAUGGUUGAGUUGGAUGGAUAGACAGUGGCCAGCGAAACCUCGACUGCUGUACGAGCAGCCACAAUGUCGUGGCACCGAAUCAUCGUUGCAGAAUUGCGAUCAGUGGUCGUACAGACAACUGGGUGCUGGAGUUUGUGAUUAUCAUCCGGAUAUUGGAAUCGCCUGUUCCCCACGCCACGACGGUUCAACUCAAGCGAUAAAACACUGGCGAGGCAUACGAUUCGAGGGCGCUAUUCACGAAAAACCUUUAAUUCAGGAUAACACUCUUUACAUCAGAAGAUCAAAAUCGCUUCUCAGACACGUUGACAUCAAAUAUGCGGGAACCGGAAGAGAAUUCAACGUCACCGGAGCUCUGCACGUCGAGGGAGUACCACCGCAAAUUGAAUCGGUUUCGAUUCUCCAUUCAGCUUUCACAGGAAUCAAUGUCACAGCGCCGAAUGCACCGGUUGUUAUUACAAACUGCACUGUACGAGGCAACAGAGGCUACGGAAUUUAUAUCAACAGUUCAUCAGGAUUAGCUCAAAUAGACAAUUGCGUCGUUUUGGACAAUGGAGCCGAUGGAAUAAAAUACAUCCAUCACGAUGAGAGACCAGACGAGACACUACAGCGGGCCGACGUCUACGACUUGUGCACAUUUCCAACAACCGCGAGUCAAACCUUUCCCAUAACAAUAUCCAUGGAGCAGAACAAAUAUGCUCCGAAUACGAAACGUUGUCCGCAGCACAUUUUCACACGACCUGGUCAUGUGUUGACCUUACAAUUUUUGCAAAUGAGAACGGAUCGCAAUGACAGCGCGAUGAUCGAAGUUUACGACGGUAUAAGCACCGACGAACGAUUGCUGGCAAAAGUGAACGUCAGAAAUGGAACUUUGCCGCAGAGUGUCACCACGACGAAACAAAAUUUGUACAUCAGAUUUGUGAGCGAACCACGAACCAAUAUGAUCGCGUUCAUAAGGAUUACUUCUGGCUACAGAAAAAUGUAUGAUUUAAACGUGACGGGCAGUGCAAUAGCGGACAACAAUGGUCGCGGGAUAGCAGCAGAAAAACUGCGGUCGUCUCUUCACGUCCACGAUACAUCGGUAUCGAAUAGCAAUCACGUGGCCGGGAUUCACGUUCUUGGUGGUGCUGCGGACGUCAACGUAACGAGUAGUCGUAUUUCCUUCAAUCAUGGUGACGGUAUAAACGUCACUGUUACCGGCGGAAAUCGGAAUAUAUCGCGUACAAGCAUAUCAUCCAAUCAGGGACACGGAUUCGCAGUUUGGCUCAACGAUAGCUCCUCUACCGAAUAUAUUCCCUCAAAUCAAACCACCGUUGUUGAAUAUUCGGAGAUUUUCCGGAACAAAGAUUGCGGAGUUUUGAUUGGAAAUUCAACUGGGCUAUCUUACGUCAACGUGACCGGAAAUUGGUUCAAUAGUAGCUCCGAGACGGCAGUACAGGUCGAAUCUAGUUGGAAAUACAAUCAAGGAACACUCAGACUGCAAAUCGGUCACAACGUGUUCGUUCAAAAUGCGAAACUUGCGAUUAAGUUGAGUCCUGCGUUAAACAUGAACGCUCGAAUCGAAUACAAUCACUUCAGAGAUCAUACUUACGGUUGUAUUUUGGUGCGAAAUCCACUCUACGAGGAAUUCAAUAUUUUACCAGCGGAUGUAGUUAUUCAGCACAACGAAUUCUACGAUAAUCGCGGUGUAUUCGUUGCAAGCAUCGGUCUUUCGCCUUACAGUGAUGUUCAACGAUUAUUAUUCACGCGAAAUUUCUUACGGGACAAUCGUAUUAGAGAACCAUUUGACUAUAGUGCUUAUCAAGGAUCGAAAUUGGUACCGCGAUCGCGAGUUGCCGCUGUCGUCGUUAUUUCUUCCAGCAACGUUCACGUUUUUCGCAAUAUUCUUCAUAACCUUGAGUCUCAGUAUGAGAUUGGCUCGCAUCUCGAAGAUCAAAGCAAAAUCAUAAAUUGCACGUAUAAUUGGCUGGGAUAUCCGGAGGAACAGAAGAUUUUGGAUCGUCUAUUUUCCAGGAAGGAUCGUUACAACCUCGCGAAAAUCGAGUAUCUCCCGUAUUUGUUGCACAGCAGUAAUCCAGCAGCAAAUACGAUAAUAUCGCACCCGACAUUUGUGCCUCCAUUUUUGCGACCUGGCACGAACCUCGUAGGCGGCGAGGUCGACGGCCAGGAAAUGUUACCAGCGGGGGAAUACGUGGUCGAGCGCGAUAUAAACGUGAGACCGGGUGGAAAAUUGAUACUGCAACCAGGGGUGACGUUACGAUUUCCACCAGCGGUUGGAAUGAUGGUAGCGGGUCGAUUGGACGCGAAGGGAAAGGGGCCCGGCAACAUACUGUUAACGCUGAAAGAAGAGAUCGUGAUUGAGCCGAGUAUGAAUGAGACGGAGAUCGAUGAAAUGAUAAUGUCCGAGGGUACAGAAGAAAGCGAGCCUUUGUUGGAAAAAAUGCAGAACGAGGAGUCUGCAAUUCCGGUCAGACUGCUCGGAGGAAAGACGAGUUUGGAGGGUAGAUUACAGAUCCACAUAGGAGAGAAAUGGGGCACGGUUUGUAACUACGGAUGGACGAUACGAGACGCUGCGCUUGUUUGUCACCAGCUUGGCUUGACCUUAAAUCCGGAUGAUUGGUAUCUCGAGAGAUCGCAGAUACCAGGGGCCGGCACCAACGAAGACAUAAUAUUGAGCAACGUCCAGUGCAGCGAGGACGACAUCGACAUAUCGAAAUGCAAAGCAGAGACCGCGGAGGAGUUUGAAAAUUCUUGCACCCACGAGAACGACGUUGGUGUACGUUGCAGCGAAGCCGGUUGGGCAGGUCUUCGACUUGGACCAUUAGCCGAGCGCAGCGACCUCCAAUACAUAACGAUCGAGAAAGCCGGUAUGUUGGAUUAUACGACGAAUUCAUUCAAGCCAGCUCUACAGAUUGAUUUUGCCAGACACUCGUUGGAGAGCGUCAAAGUAAUUGACAAUCUGCAGGAUGGCCUUGGUAUUCUCUAUUCCGAUAUAUACUCGGCCGACGCGAUAAACACCGUGAAAAACAGCGAUUUCUCGGGCAAUCGAGGCAACGGUAUGAGCUUCAAACAGUUGGGUCUGCGUAUCAUCAAUUCCCGGAUCGAGAACAACAGGAUGGCUGGUAUAAGACAUAAUCCGGCACUCUCUGCAAUACAGCAGAGAGAAUUUGCCGGAUGGUUCAUGCAAACACCAACCACGACGAUCGACACACCCUACAAUCCCCUUAUAAUACCGCAAAUCGAGGAAAACACAAUUAAAUUGUCGAUCGGCGAAGCGAGAUACAUCGUGACCGCGAGGGUUAAGGAGGACAACAUUGAACGUACGAUACAGAUCCAAUGCACACCGGGAUAUGUAAUUGGCAUUCAAUUGUUAAAUCCUAUACACAAUCGUAGUACGGAAAAUAUCGUUUUGUACGAUUCUCAACACAUCAACGAACGCGCCACUAACUGGCAUGUCAAAAGAGAUUUAUCGGUAUUCCCGUUGUCGACAAGUUCGUUCACCGUUAUUCUUCAAUAUACCAGCGGUUCAGAUGCACUGGGAGGUGCCGUCAUGGCCAUCACGAGCUUACCAGCACCUCGCCAGGACAUUCGUAAUCGUAUCGUGAAAGGACCGAUUCCGACUCUUGCAAUAACUAAAUCGAAAAUACGUGCCAACAAAAUAGGCGUCCUCGCCGCUUAUUACAAUCGUUAUCUCGAUGAAAUUGGCGACCAUUAUUUGCGCAAAGCCAACGAAAGUAUUCGCAUCGUUCAUUGUGAAAUAUCGCAUAAUCGAGAACAAGCUAUUUACGUACUAUCGCCGCAUUGGAACGUUUUCGCCUCCAACAUUUCUGAGAUUUCUAUUCACGUUAACGACACUCUCAUUACCGACAAUGGCGAAGGAAUAUUACAGUAUUCUCGGGACAUGAGACAAUCGAACAAUUUGUUCCACUGGGUAAUGCAGGAUUCAACGAUCGAGAGGAACCAAGCAGGCGGAUUUGAAGUUUCUCUUCCGUACGUCUGGCAAUACAACGAAAAUUUCACACAUUCUUUGUAUUUUGACAACAACACUUGGCGGAACAACGAAAACUUCGGUUUCAUCAUUGACGGGCACUACGCCAAUUUGAACAUAUCAAAGAAUCGUUUCGAUUCGAACAAAUGUAAAAAUGGUUUAAUCUCUAUAAGAGGAAUGGAGAAAAAAAUGAAAAUCGAUAAUAAUCGGAUUGAGGAAAAUUCUGGCACUCAUAUGGUCGAAUUCCGGACUGACAGUCAAUCUGAAAUAUCGGGUGAGAUCGAUGCCCGUUUUUAUCUCAAUGAGAUAAAAAGAAAUUAUUACAAUUUUCCGAUUAAUCGGAAUGCGCAUCAAAUUUAUUCGAGUCAAACAUACGUCGUGGGUUUUCACGGCAUACAAAAGGUAGCGAUAAAUCGUAAUUUGUUCGGCGAAAAUUCGUUGGAUUAUGAGCUUUUGGCAGGAAUAAGAACAGCGAAAAUAAACAACACGGUUGACGUAACGGAAAAUUGGUGGGGAACCAACGAGGACAAUAAAAUCAAAGAUAGAAUAUUUGAUUUCGACGAUUGGAACGAUCACGCGGUCGCUAAUUUUCGGCCUUAUUUGACUACCGAUACUUUGGAUUCGUCGAUAUCACCGACCUGGGAAUUGCGACCGAAAAUCGAUCUGGACAAUUUGGGCGGUCGCAUAACGGAGAAUUUAUCACUCUAUUAUCGUGCUAAGCCUUACAUCAUACGUUCUGACAUAACGGUCAUGCCGGAAGCAACUUUGAACAUUUAUCCAGACGUUGUCAUGGAAUUUGCCCCAAACGUUGGGAUCCUCGUGUUAGGAACUUUGAAUGCGAUCGGAGCGGCUCAUCACGAAAUUAUAAUGAGGCCGAUAAGACACACAGCCGAAGACUCGAACGCGUUGCCAGAGCCAAUUUCAAAACGUUCGAUCGACGGAGAGUCAAAAACGGCGAGUAUAAGACUGUGCAAAGAUGGAAAAUGCUCGACAACCGCGAAAGAGGGUUUCGUCGAGCUGUUUAAUCGCACGACGCUUCAAUGGAUACCGAUCUGUGAUGAAAGAUUCACCGAAAGAAAUGCUCAAGUCGCGUGUCGACAAUUGAACAGAGAUUCUUUGAACGUUUACGUCUCGAAGGAUCGUCGCUACGAGUUGCAUCCUGGUUCAAUGACGAGAAUAUGGUCGUGGCCGGAGCCACUUCAGUGUUUCGGAAACGAGGCUCGCCUCGAAGAGUGUCAAAUCCGUUUGAACGGUCAAUUGUUCGGUCACAAGUACGAUUGUCCUUGGGAUGGAAACUUCAUUUUCAUCAAUUGUGGAGGGAGAAAUUUGAAGAAAGAAUACGAUUAUUGGGGCGGCAUAAGAAUCGCCGAUAGCGAAUUCGAGCAUCAUCUUUACGAGCACCGCAUGCACGACGUUGUAACUCACGAGGCUGUCAGGCGGGUGGAGUCACGCUUGAAAUAUAUUAAUAUCACAGGAGCUGGUAUUUUGCACAACAAAAAAUCGGCAGCUGUACAAACGAUCAUGAAGAGUCCGAGCAUCACUCGUGUCUCGAUAAAACAGAGUGCUUAUCACGGUAUCAACGUGGUUUCGCCGAGUCACAAAGUCGAACUUUUGCUGAACGAAAUCGAUAACGCGCUUGGUAACGGUGUCAAUAUAUUAUCGAUCACCGGGGAAGGACGAGAAGCAGAAGAAUCUUCUUUCACGCCUAUAAAAGAUCUCAAUAUUCCUUAUCAUCUUUUUAGCAUGGUCGACAUUUGCGAUACCAGCAAGGAGAUCACGCUUGAAGAGAGAAUCUUGGUUUACUACAAAUACGACAACAAUCCGGUCAAUUGCGUUAAAAUAUUCCGAAGCGCAUAUCGUGCUAAACCUUUCGGUUUCAGGUUGCUGCAAUUCAAUCUUUACAAUUCUACGAACAAGCCCGGUCGUGCCGAUGCCAUUACUCUUUACGACGGCGACGUUUACAACGUAACUGCGAAGCGAAUAGGACACUUGGAAUUCGACAGCCCCGACGAGAAAAAAUUGUUCAAAACUUUAGGGCCGAGCCUCAGCGUCAAACUGUUCGCUAACGGCGCAAGCAACGUCCACGGUUUUAUCGCCGAAGUCGUUACUUUGCCGAUCUCAGCGAUCGGCUUUAACCGCGACGUACAACACAAUGUUUCCUUCUCAAUCAUCUCAAACUGUCGCGAAGGUGCUUUGAAAUAUGCGAGCGCUGGUGAAGUGAACGCUGUUAUGACUCUGGAGAAAAAUCAGUUUGUCAACAACUGUGAAAAAUUGUACGGCAACUUUUCUACCUGCAAAUCCGCCCUCUGGCUCGACGUGCAAAAUACACAGUCGUUGUACUUCAGAAAUAAUCUCGUCAGAGGCAAUCAAGGGGGCCUCUCUAUACGAGCCGAUUCUAGAGGCUCAGCCACUUCGCUCAAAGGCUGGAUUCACAACAAUUUAUUCGCUGAUAACCUCAACAAACCCGCUUUGUACAUUGAAGGACGACAGAGUAGCCCCUAUCAAGAAGUCACAAUUUUCCGCAAUUACUUCGUUAAUAACAAUGCACCCUACAGUAACAACAUCGUUCUCAAACAAGUCGUCAGUAAUAUGACACUGAAUUAUCUACACGCCAAUCUUGGACUCCAUCUUCUCGAAAUAUCCGGCUUCGAGAGAGUUCGUUUACCAAUUUAUCAGAGCACGUCGCAUAAUGGAUUUUACAAAAAUUAUGCAAUAGAUCGUAACGGCCGCAGUACGAUUGUUGCUGGUACACCGGGUCAACAGUACGUCGACAACGUCUUCUUCAACCCCGACAACGAUUACGAAAUUCUUACGAUGAAUCGAUCUUUGGUGGUCAGCAUGGAAUGGUACAAGAACCAAUUAGAGAUGUGGAGAUCUCACGUCGAUGCCACCCACAAUUGGUGGGGCUACAACGAGACGCUGGCUGUUGCCGGAAGAAUCCGCGAUCGUGGCGAUUCAUCGGAAUUACUGCAAGUCGAUUAUCAACCAUUCCACAUGAACAACAAAUCUGUCUUGAACGGAAAAUGCCCACCGGCAUGGGAUCUUGUUGGUGAUACGUGUUACAUUUAUAUCGGAGCUCCAAUGGAUUUCUUUUCGGCACGAGAAUUUUGUCGAUCGGCCAACGCUUCAAUGCCUUUCAUUAUGGGAGAGUACAUAGAAUUGUGGAAAUUCUUGAGAAAACAACAAGAUCGAUUUGACUAUUCGGAGCGAGUAUGGGUACAAAAAUUGGAACACAUCGAUCAGUGCACGGCAUUUACGUAUCAGACUAUUGAGAUUGACCAUUGUGGUCAGCCGAGCCCCUUCAUUUGCGAAAUUGAUCCUAGAGUCUACAUAGAUCCGCUUUCAUGGAGAAAGGAUAUGGUAGCGGUUGGUGUCCUAGGCGCAAUUGGAGCAGCUCUCGCUCUUUUGGCUGCUGCAAUAGGUUUUUGGAUCUCUAAGUCUAAAAGACGAAAAUUGGAAAGACUUGAAAGGCGAAAUUCGAUUCGACAGUCCUUACAUUCGUUGAGGUCGGUGGGUUCGACGUCUGGAUUCACGGAGUUGAAUUACCGAAGGAAACCAAUAGCGACAAAACAAUCGACGGACACGUUGAACUCAAGAUCGCUGGAUUAUAAGAAGAUGAUGAGCGGGGGGAGCAUAGAUUCGAUGGACAAAUCGCAGUUGAAUUCUUCGAUGGAGGACAACCAGAGUUACGACGUGUACGAAGCGCACAAUCCGCGUUAUUCACCGAGUACGAGUGAUUUCAAAGCAGCAGUUGAAAAAUAUCCGGUGACGAAUGCCGAUAAUCCAGUAUUCGAUUUGGCGUAUAGAAACGAGGGUUUUCGUAAUCAUUCGACAUUUACGUCGAGGAAUACGAGCAAUUGGCCAUCGGUAGCGAACAGUGAAGUAGCGCCGGAUGAGGUACGAUCGGAGCGUAUAAACGAAUCGGAAUACAUGAAUAACAACGCUUCAACACUGCCAUUGAACACGAGUUUAGCAAUGACGGAUUCGAUAACCGAGCUCAAGCGUGAUAUCGACUCGACACCGGCGUAUUCAACGAUGGAUUAUGGGAAUUACGAACCUCCCCCGACGACACCGGGCUCAGAACCUGUCCCGGAAUAUUUCAGUCCACCUUUGCCGCAACCUUAUUAUUACGACGAGCGUCCACGAAGUGGUACGUUGUUGGAAACGAAUCUUGACACAGGGGAGGAGAAACCUCUGCGUUCAAAGAGCGAAGCACUUCUCGAAACAAAUUUCGACGUCUUUAUGCCUAACGAACCCACGGAACUGACACAACUGUCAGCAGACUCUAGGAGCAAAAGUCAACCAUUAGAAACUGCCAUGUGAGAAAAUAUGAGAGAAGAAACAAGUACAAAAUCACGGACUGAGUGAACGAAAUCUCUUGUAGGAUAAAUUCGAUUGAAAGGCAGGGAGAUUCCACAGAUAUCUUCACAUCGAUUGGCGAUUAUACGAUUCGUAUCGAGGUAGUGUAAUAAUAUUAAUGUUUGACGAACCUUCUAGGACCAAAACAAUAGCGUUCCAUCGCUGAAACAAUGGCGAAAUCACGAACCGCGUUCCUUUCUGCUCGAGUCUUAAAACGUCAGCCGUUUUAAACUCAGCACAGGAACGGUGAGACGUUCGAUCAGACUUCAAGCAUAUCCGUUAUCAAAAAGAGAUAAAAAUGUUUAAGGCGUUUUAAGCGCUACAUCAAUAUUCCUAAACGAAUCUAUCAGCGUGUAACGAUUGAAAAACGGUUCGUACAAUUGCUCGAGUGCAUAAAUAGCCUUGUAUAUAAACUAUAACAUUAUGAUAAAUUAAUAAGACGAAACACUCGUAUGUUGAAUGAGAUUGAUCAAUAAUGAAAAUCUUUUUUUAUACUUAAAGGGACACACACUUCUCCCAAACUCGGUUCAUCCAAUUUUUCUAUCUUUUUCUUUUUUACCGAUUUAGGCUUAAGUAGCGGAUAAUUUUUUCUCGAAGCAUGUUGCGUGGAGCGUAUAUUGUAUUAUAUAAGAUUUAUGAUCGUUUUUUAUAUUCGAUAUUAGAUUAAGUAUAGCAAUGGGAAAUCGUACUAAUUAGCGAUAACUUUAAGGUCAAUUUAAGCUAUUUUGUUAUUGAAUAUAUUUAAGUUUAUUAUUCGGAAAUGUGUCACUGCCAAAACACGAAUGGAGACCAAGAAAAAGAGAGAGAAAGAGAGAGAGAGAGAGGAAGGGAGUAGAACAAUUUUCAUUGAUUCGCUUCGAAAAUUGUUUAACUUGUGAUAAAACUCGCGUUCAAACGUUUUCUGCGAGUUUAAAAUAUUUUUAUGCAUUACUUUGUAGAGAGUAUGUAUGUUUUUGAGAAAUAAUGUCUGGAAGCUUAAUAUAAUUUAUGCAGACCUUAUUCCUUCUACGAGUUACAUUAUGAAUGGCCAGCAUUUCAAACUCACAUUGUCCUCUGACACGUUACUUCCAUUAUAUACAUAUUUUAUAUAUAAUUUGAAAUAUAUGUAUAUUAUAUAUAUAUAUAUAUAUGAAGACUUUUAUACUCUAUUCGUCUAAAGUUGACGAUUUUGUACUAACCAAUAUAUUCGUACACAUCACAAAACCCAUCGUCCGUCCAUAUAAAAUUACGUGUGAAUAUUAAAAGUUUAUAAGAUCAAAUUUUUUUCUACAAUUGAACUAUCGCACUCUACAGUUUUUUCUUCAUUCAUAUUCAUCUUUUUCAAAGAUGUGCAUUCUGAACGGAAUUUCUCAUCAGUUUCAUUAGUUCCAUUAUUUCAUCCCCUACAAUUUCGAAGAUCUGUAAAAAUUCGACCGUUUUCAACAAGUCAUGAAUGUUGAUUUUUCAUACUGGUAGCAAGAAUAACUUUCAAAAUUGUAUACACAAAUUGGUGUUAGCGGUUUGAGUUUUUGUUACAUGAUUCUAAUAAAUAAUUUUGUUAUUUUCCUUCAAAGUUUUUUUUCUCCAAUUUUUUGUGCAAAUAAUUUUGACAAAAUGAUAACAUAUCAAUAGAUAUUUUAUAUCUUUCCAGAGUAAAAGCGGUCUACAAAGAAACCUGAACAAAAGAAACUUUUAAAAAGGAAAAGUAUUGAAAAAAAAAUCCAAUGUUCAGAACAAUAAAUUGCGCGUUUUAUUAACUUUCUUUAUCCAUCAUGGUUUGCUAUCAAAACAUCAAUGAAACAAAUUUUUUCAAAAUCUCGUUUCACUAAAUAUUGCAAACUAUUAAUUGGGGAAUUUACGAAAAAAACAUCCUCGAUUUGUUAAUAUUUUGGAGAAAAACGUGCAGUAGGUGCAAUAUAUUGUAACAUAUUGUUAAGUUGAAAGCGAAAUACAUAAAUAUAUAAUAAAAAUAUGUACCUGUGUUGUUUUUA